CAUGAAUGGCCUGACACCUGGGGUGUGGGGUAAAGUUAUUGCGGAAGCGAAAAUUCUUGGCCUCAGCGCACACAAAUUCUUAACAAGGCUCCGAGCUCCUCACCGUCACGAGCCUAUCAUUUUGACGGUUUCCACUGCAAGCGAUCUUCAUUGUCUAACAGGUGUGUCCUACGGGAAUUUACUCUAGUCGACGGGUUCCUCAUUUUGCAGAGCCAGGUAUCGCACUGUCUCGUAGAUGAAACUGACAUAGACUAGAGCUCGGCACCGACCCUGAAGCUCAACCCCAUCACCACAAUCAUGGAUGUCCAGGACCGACUGAAGAAGCUGGGCGCAUCUGCGCGAACUGGUGGCAAAGGAACUCCCCGGCGGAAGGUUAAGCGGACUCCGGCGCGAUCUGCUGGCGACGAUAAGAAGCUCCAGCAGACACUCAAGAAGCUCAACACCCAGCCGAUCCCGGCUAUCGAGGAGGUUAACAUGUUCAAGAGCGACGGAAAUGUUAUCCACUUUGCCGCCCCGAAGGUCCAUGCCUCGGUCCCAUCCAACACCUUUGCCAUCUAUGGCAACGGUGAGGACAAGGAAUUGACCGAGCUUGUGCCCGGUAUCCUGAACCAGCUUGGCCCCGACUCCCUCGCAUCGCUACGCAAGCUUGCCGAGAGCUACCAGAACAUGCAGAAGGGCGAGAAGGAGGCUGACGAUGACGAUAUCCCCGAUUUGGUUGCCGGAGAGAACUUCGAGAACAAGGUCGAGUAGGCAUUGGGCUACCAGGAAAGGUCAUGAAUGGGCUUCAAGGAAGGCAUUCCCCUUGCCCGACCAAGAAAGGAACGACGUGGUUUCUGUAUGGUAGGCGGCGUCUUUGGUAAUGGUUGCAUAAAGGCCACCAAAUCUUGGCCAGGAAUAGGAACACCCCUGGAUGUCUUGAUCCAGACGGCCAAAACAACGUUCCCAAGA